AUGGCAGCCACUCGCAGGAAAUAUACCUCUACCCACACGUACCGUCUUCGGUGCUCAAGACGUCGACCAUAUACUUGCAGAACCUUAACGACAAGCAGUCAGUCCGAGCCCGCAGAUGGAUUCUUUGAGAAAUUACCGGUAGAAGUCUUCGACCUAAUAUUGGACGAUUUAUCAGUGGUUGAAAUCAGUGUGUUGAGUAUGGUAUCCAAGUCCAUUUGUAAUUACAUCGUUGGACAUGUGUCCACGUUGUCCUGGAGGGAAAGAAUGAUCUUCCAGAAGUUUCACAACUGCACAUCUCCCACGGAUGAAGUCUCUGUAAUGGGACACAGCAGAUCUCUGGGUUUGUUGUUCAAAAGAUGUACUCUUUUACUACCAACAAAGGACAGACUGAGGUUUAUAUACAACAGGUUUUCACAGGUUCCGUGUUUCACGAUGGAACAGUGUUCUCUGUCGGCUGGUUGUUUAGGGUUUUCCUGCUAUGGUGUGUUUCUACAGACCCUGAUUGCUGGAUGGGAUGAGUUGGAGUGCCAUCGCGUUUUCAACUUUUUGUGUGAAUUUACUAAUCUCCCACGCAAAAUUGAAGCAGUUGUUACAAGCAAGCCAGGUGCCUGCCACAAGCUGGAGCUGCAGAUUCGUUUGUUCUGUCGGGGGGUGCUACUGGAUCCCUGGCAGGGCAGACAAGAUGCUCUCUUCUGGCUCACGCGAAUCCUGAAACCCUGGCCGAUGGUCAGCCAGGCCCGUCUGCUCUUCAUCCUGUACGGACCGCUCCAUCCUGACGGUAAAGUGGGCUGGCAGAGUGUGUGUGAGGGUGUGUUACCUCCGUGUGGGCUGUGGGACUUGGCUAAGGCCAUCAUCUUACUCCAUGGAGAUCAGGACGCCAGGGACUGGAGCACUGAUACAGUCCUGGCUAUCUUCAGUGAGAUGACUGUGGUCCCACAGCUGUGGCACAUGGAGAACUUGGCUCGUCUCCUUGUUCUCUGUGGGAAUGCUAUUUGCUACAGCGUGCUAGCGAGCAAAGCCAUCAACGGACGGAUUUUUGAGAUCUCACGUCUCCUGGUAUAUCUCAUUCUGGUGUGUGAAAAAGACGGUUACUGCAUGAACUGGUCAGUGAAGAUGACUGAACAGGUGUGUCGGGUGUUCCCCUCCGCCUCGGAGAAGUGGUCUUUCAUCCAGAGCGUGGAGAACACACUGUCUGAUGUUACCAUGGAGAUGUGCGAGCUCAUGGCAGGAAACCGUAAUGAUCUCGAUACGUUCCAGAGCCUUUGUACCCUCCUCAACGCCAGCGCCCACUUCCACACUGAGAUAGUCUACAUGUUUCUCAAGGACAACUGA